GAUAAAGCAGACUUAAAGCCGAGGCCGCAGAAGGAUGAGAAUUCACAAGUGCUUCUUCGCUUCCCCUCUCACCAUGCAAGUCUGGGUCGGACUCGUUCUCCUCUUUCCAGCGAUUCACGGAUUCGCAUGCCGAGACGGCGACACGUGGAGGGUAGGUGACUCCUGCGACUUGUAUUGGGAAUGCCGGGGCGGGAGACCCCACAUUCGACAAUGCGACCCAGGACUCCAAUUCCAUCAGCUGCUCAAACGAUGUUCCCCUCUUCAGGAUCUAUCCGGCUGCAUUCCCUCCCAUGGCGGUUUCGGGCGGCAAGACAUGACCUCGACGACGACUCCGUCGGGUCCGUACCAGUGUCCAGACGAUGAGGAAGCGUACUACCCGCACCCGAAGUACUGCUAUCUCUACUACCACUGCGAGGACGGCUACCCGGAACUGCUCUCGUGCUACGGGGACACCAACUUCGACAUCGGAGAUAGACGUUGCAAGAAUCCUCUCUAUGUGGAAUGCCCUCCUCGCCUUCCCAGAGGCACCACCACGCCUCCCCCAGGGCGGCAAGACAUGACCUCGACGACGACUCCGUCGGGUCCGUACCAGUGUCCAGACGAUGAGGAAGCGUACUACCCGCACCCGAAGUACUGCUACCUCUACUACCACUGCGAGGACGGCUACCCGGAACUACUCUCGUGCUACGGGGACACUAACUUCGACAUCGAAGAUAGACAUUGCAAGAAUCCUCUCUAUGUGGAAUGCCCUCCGCGCCUUCCCAGAGGCACCACCACGCCUCCACCAGGUUUCUUUCUUGCUCGCAACGACGCCAGAUCCGAGCGCGACGACGACGAAUGGUCCGAGCGAGACGACGACGACGACGAGCGAGACGACGACGACGACGAGCGAGACGACGACGACGACGACGAGCGAGACGACGACGACAACGAGCGCGACGACGACGAAGGAUCCGGAAUGCGAUGA